AUGCCGGCGCAAUGGCUUUUGUUUGUGUUGGUGGCGGCGGCGGAUAGUCAGGAGCCACCACUCUCUUGGUAUCCACAUGCACAAGCGCCUGAGGCCUUCAGCCAUCAGUAUGGAUCAUCUUCCAGGCCCAGGCAGCUCGCAGGGCAGCUCCCGCCGCAGUUCUUGCGUUGGAGCGUUGCAACUGACGUUUCGAUGGAUAUGAUCUUGGAGGCCCAGCUCUCCGAGCCAAUUCAAUUAGGCACGGCACCGAUUGAGCUGAUUGGAGACAAGUCUCAGACGAUUGCAUAUUUUUCUGCUCAGAUUCACGGCGCUUCACUCCGACUUGCAAUGCCUGCGAAUGUCCUCCCAGCGACUGACUAUCAGAUUGUUGUGAGGCCUGGUGCCAUAGUGAAUUUUGCAGGCCACGGCAACAAGCUAGCGGUCAAGGACAUCCGGACUGCUGGUCCAGUCAGUGGCUGGUGGUCUUGCAAUCUUGGUGUCAAGUGCAUCAUCAAGACAUCUGUGGAUGAAGACUUCAAUGAGAGUCAAAUAGCAGUGGUGCCAACUGGCUUGUGCAACGCACAUGCUUUCAAUCAUCCACGAUCACGAACUCAGUUUCUUCGCUGGACAACAGCGAGCGAUGUUAAUGAUCCCCAUGCCACAUAUGAUCUGGGCACACCUUCCAGCAAUCCAGGAAUUUACGAUCUUUGCUGGAGGUCUGGGCCGGAAGUGGCAUACUCUGCGUUCUUCGGACAGUUGCUGUUGGCAGGCCCCAACACUUGCAGCGCCAUGUGCCUGAGAGGCCGUAGCUGUCCUUUAGAAGUUUCUGGUUUCCAGGUCCCAGGAGGCACCAUCAGCGCACAUUCUGGACCGAGAGGAAACUGCGAUGGAGAUCCAAUUGCAGAACUGGUGCUUGAUGAAGAGCUGAAUGGAAGUUCUUCAGUCAUCCCUGCAGCUGCAUUUCAUCACACAAGCAGCGGUAACUACACCCUUUGCUGGAGGCUCCAUCCAGGACGCGCAAUCUUUUGUGGAAUGCUUUCAGUGUCAGGUCCCAUAAAGCUCACUGGUGCACGAGGUGCAGUGCUGGAGCCAGCCGCUUCAAAGCCCUUUGAGCUUCACGUCUUUGGAAAUGCCCUUGCCAUGAGCGACAGCAUUGCCUUUGUCAAUGACGAGGACUGCCUGCAGAAUGAGAGUUCCAAGCAAGAGGGAGACGAUGUGGAGUCUCAGAUGCAGAACUCUUCUGUUGUACUUCAGGCUGUUCAGCUUGCUGUAUCUACAUCUCCAUGGGUCGGAUUCACAGCUUCCCGCAAGACUUCUUUACGCUGGACAGUUCCAGGAAUGCCAGCUGGCAACUACACGCUUUGCUGGUGGUGCUUUGGCUGUGAUCCGGUACCAGUUGGACGUCUCAACAUUUCUUUGCCGCUCUGUGGGAAUGGAAAGCGAGAGGCCUUAGAGGCCUGUGAUGAUGGGAACAUGGAGCCGGAUGACGGCUGCAGCCCAAAUUGUCAGCUGGAACCCGGAUUCGAUUGCGAAAGCCGAGCUUCUUUGCCUGAUUUUUGCCGUGAAGUGAUUGACUUGAUGUUAUCCGCAACCGCCUCAAUGACAGGAGAUCCAGUGACUCCAGUCUCAAACCUUAUAUCAGGUUUGCCAUGGCUUCUUUCUUCAAUAGAAGGAUCAGCUCUGAUUGAACUACCAGGUCUUCACCAACUUCGGUCGGUGCGAUUUGAGAUGAUGUUCAGCGGGCAGAUGGGAAUUCAUAUAGAAACCCAUAAAUCUGGCCUUUGGAAGAGUCUGGCACGAUUGCCGUUGGAUGAUCAGCUUCACAAUUCCAGCAGCUGGACAUUUCAAGAUACUGAGUCCCAAUCUUGGGCCAAACUUGAUUCUCAGCGACAUGUAUUUGUAUCAACCUUGCAGCCACAUUUGUGCACUGCCAUCCGAGUCACCAUCAGAUUAACUGAUCGGUUGGGGCAGGCAAGUGGCCAACGCAAGCUGCACAAAUACAAUUGGAACUGCAGGAAUGAGGUCAAGAAAUUGGAACCAUGUGAGACUAUUGACGCUUGCCAACGCUUCUGCUUUCAAUUCGACUACUUUGCUUUCUAUUCGAAAUCACCGGAGACAGGAUGUAGAUGCUAUGUAUCUUGUGCCUCUGGCGAGCCAGUGGCUCAAGGCUGGCAAUCAACUGUGUAUCAGACCAUCCAAAAUAUCAGUGACACCGGUCCUGUAUCACCCUGGGGGCUCCGGAGUAUGGAAUUGAUUGGUGUCGCAGAGGCUGUGAACUGUUCACUCGCCCCAGAUUGCCGUGCUUUGCAUCGCUUAGCAUGUGAGGAUGGCAGGGUAGAUCAUCAGUGCGGUGACUGUCGUGACAAUUGGGUUGGAAAAAGUGGCCCAAGUGUGGAUCGCUGCAGUCCUCCACAAGUUCAAGAGUGCUUGACAGAUGAUUGGGCAGAUUGGAGCAGUUGCUCCCGGACAUGUGGCAUUGGUUGGUUCACACGCACACGAUCCAUCGUGCAGUAUCCAGAUGAAGGUGCCGAUGAUUGCCCUCUUCUUGAAGAAAAAAGACGAUGUAACCUCGGAAAGUGCAAUGAGCAAGCACCGUUCUGUGUGACUCGAAAUGCCAGUGAGACUACUGUCCCAUCCAGACGCUUGUCCAUGGUUCGCUCACCGCGCUUGCUUGGGGCUAGUGGCGCCCUUCAAGCAAACACGAGGCGGUUACAAGAUGCCGGGAAUGAAGAGCUUGCAGAACUGGAGGCAAGCAUCAUGCAGCUGGGCGCCGGUCUUCAGAUUGAGUCUGAGUCUGAAGACCAAUCCUGCCAGCUUUCUGCUGCCGGUGUUGAGCAGAUGGUAAGGCUGCAGGAUAUUGUGCGCGGUAAGCCAAACACAGGGUGCUCAAAAGGCUUCUACAUCCACCAGAUGAUUACUAGAUGCAUCACUGCCGACUCAGACCAGUGUGACAAAGCAUCUGGUGGAUUUGAGCCUGGCUGCUACUUGGUGCACUGCUGUGAACAAUGUGCUGCUGAUUGCGCAGAGUGCUUCGGCCCUGCGAUUGAGGACUGCUUGGUAUGUGGAUCAGGCAAGCUCCUUUUCUUGCACGAAAGUGGCAGGCGACAGUGCAUCACCAGCGCCACUUGUGCCAAACUAGGCUGCUUUCGACCAACAGCUGAUGGAAAAUGCGAGCGAGAUUUGAAGAGGUGGGACUGUGAUGCUGACGCUGUGGACCAUGAGCAGGACAAGAUCGAGCAGCUCGAGCCGGUCAACGACUCCUGUGCCCCAACGCUGGCACCACGGAUCCCACGAGCUUGCUCCGAACAGCCAUCUCUCGAUUGUUCCGAUGAGGCUUCCGGAAGACUUUGCUUUUAUGAUGAUAGCUGCAGGACUGCAGUGGGCACGGCGACAAGUGGAUGUGGUGCUGGUGGAUACCCAAACUGCCGCUGGUGUGGCUUUGAUGGCUAUGUCAGUUGCCCACUGGGUCGAAGACUGCAGGAGGACCAGAUCGACUCUCGCACCUCUGCCGCCGCGCAGCGAGCUGCUUUGAAGUUCCAAGCGGCAAGAGCUGUGAACAAGCUCAAGGGCUAUGGGAAGACGAAGUUGAAAGAGUUGGUCGUGCCCCACCUUGAGAGCUUUCUGAAGAAGAAGGUUCAGGACCCUCUACUCGAUACAUUGAGAGCCGCAGUCGGGCAUGCCAUCAAGCAAUCUCUGUCCACAGUGGCUCAAAGUUUCAUGCUGCAAGCGAAGGAGAGUGUUUUGGAUUUUUUCAACGUUGUGACUCCCACAGUGUCCUUGCUUUCAGACAGGUUGCAAAGCAGACUUGCAGAGAAGUUUGGUCCAGAUCUUCCCCACAACCAGUGCAAGCAGCUCUCAAACAUUGCUUCCAAACUUCUGCCACCAUUCAAUGUGCAGGACUCCCAAGACACCGUCAGAAUCAGACAGGUGUAUCAAAAAGUGCAGGAGCAGGCAACGCCUGUCAUACAGGAUUCUGCUUGCCACGGUGUGCGACUUUUGCUCAGACAGGCAGGAGUACUUGCUGUAGAGACUCUCCUUCCCCAAGCUGAUGCCAUUUUGAACGAGUCCUGGCAAGGCAUUCAUGUAACAAGCGUGCAGGACGAGUUGCCCAGGGUCUUUGCCAUGGUUGCUGAAGGGAGGGGGACCUUGUCAGCAGAGCUGUCUCGCACGAUGCAAGUGGAUGUAUUGGCUGUCGUCAAUCACGAGCUUCUUCAGGUUGAAAGCGAGUUGAGAGAGACAGCCAGGGGUGCCAUGCACGCCCUUCUGCCACAAGUAUUUGAUGUUGGCAACACAGAAGCUGGACAAGUGCAACGGGUGGUGGACUUUUUCAUACACAAGAUUCAGGGGCAUAGCGUGGAAUUGAUCCAGAGCAGCCUCCACAUGGCUUUGAAAGAUGCUGCAAGCCAUGCUGCCUCAUCUGAGGAACCAGUUGGUGCUCUAGAGGUUGCACUUGACAAGGGCUUGGCUAGUUUUAGAUCUGGCGUUCUCAGCUUCGGCCAAAUCUUCAAUGUUGACCUUGCGAUGACACUUGAUUCGAUUCUUCCUCCAGCGCAGCGGCAACUCAAGAAUAUCCUGAAGCAGCUCAUCUCGGGUACGGCUUCGAGCUUGAUUUCAACCAUAGUUCGUCGUGUGGACGACAUAGCCAGUACUGCAGUUGAGCGUGUUGGGGAUGCGAUCUCCAAUCAGGUGAAUGGUUUGGGUGUGAACCUGAUCAGAACAAUGUCAACUGAGAUGACAAAGGCGCUGGAGAAAGAUGGCAACGUGUUUGAUUCUGUUGCUGAGGCAGUCAAGAAAGUCCUCGGAAGUCUUCCGAAACAAAUUAAGAAGCAGCAAUUGGUGUCACAGAUUUGGAGCAACGCGAAGAAAGAAGUGGGGAGUUCCAUAGCUGAAUUGAAGAACUUGGUGAAGACCUCCAUCUAUGAGAUGCAGGACGCUUCCGGUCAAUUGCAUCAAGAUUCAAGGAAAGCUGUGAAUGCCGCCACGCAGGAUGCAAUCUUUCAAGUCCUGCUGUUUGUAGCCUCCAGAGUUGUUUCUUCCGUCUUGGCGCCUGACAUUGUGCUCCAUCUGGUGGAUGCCAUCGCAGCGACAGAAGUGGGAGAUGCUUUGCAGGCAGCUGCAGUGAGACUUGCGAGGGAGCAAGUGGGAUCUGUGCUGAGCCUUCCGGAGCCUGCCUCUUCCGAUUCAUCCUUUUCGUUGGAUGCAACCCUUCAGCAGGUGGAGCAAAAUGUUGAGAUAGUCCAGAACUUUCUACAAAGCAUGUCCACACCGUCAUUGGCAGACAAGUUCAAAGUGUGCAUGGGCUCCGAAGCCGAACAGCUGCACCAUGAGAUUGCGGAGAUCAUGGUUCAAAUUGCAAGCAAGUUUGCAGUGCAGCAGCUACAGAAACACUUUUUCGUUACCACGCUGAGCAAGCACACUGACCAGGCACCGGUUGAUGCGCAAAGCAUCUUGAAAGCCUUGUAUGCUGUGCUUCAACAGUCGCUUGGGCACUGCUUUGAACCCCUAGUAUCGUCGGAGCUCGUGAAGUUCUCAUUGCAGACGGUUGCCAAAGCACGCGCUGUGGCAGCCCAAUGCUCAUCGGAGCCUGCUGUCAUGCAUUUGAGUUUCCAGCGAGAAGUUGCCACUGAGAAGUACACAACUGGCAAGUUGCGUGUGAACAUAUCUGGUGACCAGCGCUUGCUCCUAGAAUUUGCGGAGUUGGGGUUGCCAGAUCGAAUUCCAGCAGGGAUUUACUCGGCAUCGGUGCAAGCUCUACAGGGCUCCUCAUGCGGAGUAGACAAUCUUGUUUUGGAAAUGGUGCCUGACCACAAGACCACGUGGAUCACCUGCGGGACCUUUGCGACAGAAGCGGUCCGAUCGGACCGUCGCAGCCUUCUGGUUGCAAACUCCUCAAAUAUCUUUGGCACCUACAUUGCUUUGCUUGAGUCUGCAAGUUCCUUCGCACGAGUGCUGGAGCUAGCGCGUGAGCAUUCCGGGGAGAUUCUGGUGACGGUGCAUGAUGAGUCUACAGCAAGCAUACCGUGGGAGCAAAGUGUUGAAGAGCAAUUUGCGCGACUGGCGCAUGGUGCUCAUGCUUCAGCAGAUGCAGCGGAAAGUGCUAAGACCCAUGGAGCACAAGGUUGGGCCCUUCACUUGGAUGUUUGUGGUAGCGUGCAUUGCGCCUAUGUUUCUGUCAGCGGCUCUCGCUGUGCUAUAGCUUUUGGGGGUUCAUCUCAGGUCCUCAACUGGGCAACAGGUAGCGGAAGCUUUCAAGACAUGCAGUCUCUUCUGCUGUCUGCCAAGCAGAAGCCAGCCCGGUUUCAAGCUUCUCAUUCGGAGAUUGAUGUUCAUCAAGGUGUCUUGGAGAUCUAUGAGAACAUCAAGCAAUCUCCAAACUGGGAGCUUUGGAUUCAGGUGUCUUCAGGUGACACACGGUGCAGUGAGGUGCAUGUGUUGGGUCAUGGUUUGGGAGGCGCGGUGGCUGUGUUACACCACCUUGAACGUCCACAGCCACGGAUGAAUGACCUACGAACUUACGGUGCUCCUCGAAUAUUCAACGCUUCACAUCCAACUGCGACUUGCGAAAGGGCCCGGCGCUUUUGGCUGCAAGAUGGACAGUGUUCUGACCCAGUAGCCUCCAUGCCUGCUGCGCUUCAGCAUGACUGGAUGAUCAGCUCACCUUUGCAAUUGAACAAGGACGUUCCAAACCUCCGAACAAAAUCAGGCAGCUGCGGGGACAACUCUGGCUCCACAGAGGCAUCGCUAUGGGAUCGAUGUAGAUUGCUGCACUUGCCCGAGAACUACUUGGCGGCCUUUCAUACCGACAGCCCCUGUGAUGACGCGCAGGUGCUUUUGAGUUCACUCCACAUCAACGACAACGCAGGAACCUCGGCAAUCUUCCCAGGAGACACAUUGCGUUUGACGUGGAAACCCUGUGGGGUGCGCACUCUCAAGAUCGUGCUCUUGGGCGAAACUGGCGAGCCAGUCAGCAAGCAGUCGCAAUGGCUCAUGGACGCUCGUUUGCGUGAAUUUGCCCUAGUGUGGCGUCAGGACUUGGUCGUCGCAGGUAGCAGGUUCCGCAUCCAGCUGCGAGGUCUUGAUUUGUCCAUACCGAGCCCCAUGAACGCCGUCAUGGUCACUUCCCGCUGGCUUUCUUCCCCAGGUGCCAGAUGCCCCGAUGCAGUCGCUGAGGGGUUGGAUGUUGCUUUCAUGGCAAAGUUUACCAAUGAAGUCUCCAGCAUACUGCAGGAACAAGCUGCUGAGUUUUUGCGAGACAAACUGGAAAGCAUCAUUCAAGCAUUUGUUCCAGGAGUGGUGACUGCCUUGAAUGAGGAAGUGAUUUCCAGAGUUCCAAUGGAUUUCCAGGCGUUGCAUGCCCUUUACAACCACGCACCGAAAAUCCUUCGACGGGGGUACCCCCUCUAUUCAGAAGUCCACUUAGCUUCAGAUGUUUUUGGAUUUGACGCUACUAAUGACAUUCUCAAGCCUUUGCUGAUCACAGCCCUGGCCAAUCUUGGAGCUCCUGUCUCUGUCACGGCAGCUGUUUCAGAAGCAGAGCCACAACCCGAUCGGCUGGAUGACUUGAUGAUUGCAGGGCAUCAGAUGUCCUCGUCUAGCACGCUCUCUUUCUCUCAUUUGGACUUGCUUACAACAGCCUUUGGCCUUGAUACGGCCAAGUUGGUAGAACUUGUGAUUCCAAUUCUCAUCGCAGGUUUACGAACUGCAGGGGUGCCUGAGGCAGCUUUGGAUCACAACUGUCAAGCCAGCAUUGGGGCAGAACAGCUGGAACCACUGCGCGCAAAUAUCUCUGCCGUAUUGGCGCGAGGCCAUUUCAUUUGCGCCGACCUUGAGUUUUUGGCGCACACCUUGAACAUCAACUUCAUAACCGGAUUCCUUGAGCCUCUUUUGCAGGCAGCAUAUCGAGGGACUCGGGUGCCCUCAGUUCUCACCGACGCGAAAGUUGUUGGGCCGAAUGAUCUAGACGAACUCUGCAUUUCUGCCACGAGCAUUCUUCGCCGAGGCUAUGUGACGCAUGCAGACCUGGAGGCUGUGGCUGCAUUCUUUGGUGCCUGCGCUGGCUGACGCAGUUCAGCAUCUUCAGCAGGCCCAGUCCGAAAGCGAGGAGUUGAGGACGG